ACUGGACGGUCCUGCUUCUGUCCCGGAGCGCUGAUUGGCUCGCCUUUGGACAGAAGAAGCGAGGGAAUGGAAUGUUGGGGAGUUCGACGUUCCAGAGAUACUUUGUUCCCUUUUGAUCUCCCACCACCGUGAUUGCGAACGACUCGCACGCAAGGGGAGAAGAAAGGCGAGACUCCCAGCGGGGCUUUUAUGGCAUGUGUGCUUCGAAGUAAAUCCCCCCCACACACACACCGAGUUCUGCAGGACUUAUUUCCACGUAAAUGUGCGCAGGCUUUUAAAAACAGAACCUCAGCCACGGAUUACCACCAAACUCUCUUCUUUGCUGCUGCUGAGCUGCGAGGGAGAUCUUUGGACUUGCGCCACCUCUGAAGAGUGGAUCCUUUUCUAGCGAGAGGCGGAUCCCGGGCAUCGGAAGAGCCUCUGGCCCGAUUGGGAGAGGAACCAGGAAAGUCACGAGGAGGUGACUAACCGAGAUGGUCGACCACCUGGCUAAUACUGAGAUUAACAGCCAACGCAUUGCUGCUGUGGAAAACUGCUUUGGAACAUCUGGCCAGCCGUUGGCGGUGCCAGGAAGAGUCCUCUUGGGGGAAGGGAUUUUGACCAAAGAGUGCCGGAAGAAAGCCAAGCCACGGAUCUUCUUCCUUUUCAACGACAUCCUUGUGUACGGGACCAUCGUGAUCAACAAAAGGAAGUACAGCUCCCAGCAUAUCAUUCCUCUUCACGAAGUCACCUUGGAAACUUUGCCGGAUACUUUGCAAAUGAAGAACCGCUGGAUGAUCAAGACAGCCAAAAAGUCCUUCGUCGUGUCUGCAGCUUCUCUGACAGAGAGGAAAGAGUGGAUCAGCCACCUCGAGGAGUGCAUCCGCCACUUGUUGUCCAAGACAGGCCAGCAGCCCCCCACGGAACAUGCCGCGCCCUGGAUCCCGGAUAAGGCCACCGACAUCUGCAUGCGCUGCACGCACACCAAGUUUUCCACUCUCACGCGGAGGCACCAUUGCCGGAAAUGCGGUUUCGUCGUGUGCGGAGACUGUUCCCGGCAAAGGUUUCUCAUGCCUCGGCUGUCCCCAAAGCCCUUGAGGGUUUGCAAUCUUUGCUACAGGCAGCUGAUGGCAGAAAAAAAGGAAACGGAAGACCGGCCGAAGCCCAUUCAUUCUCCUCUCGCCGGUUACGAUCCUUCCAGCGGAGAUGACAGUGACCGAUCUGACGAGGAUAAACUGGAACAGUGGCCGGCAGAGUCCGAGUUUUACACCUCAAAUGUACCUUGGUCGUCUUUCCAUAGAUGACCUCUGCAUGGCUUUUGUGGUUUUAGGGAACAUGUUCUUUCUUCCGAGGAGCUUAAAGCAGCGGUCCCCAACCUUUUUCGGACUGCAGACCGGUUGGGAGGGUGUGGGCUCCAUGCAUGGAGGGGUAGGGGCACCACCGU